AUGCACCUGCAGCAGCGCUGGCAGGAGCUGAAGGAGAGAGAGCAGACAGCCCAACAACACAACAGGCAGCUUCUGCAGCAGUUUGACAAAGCUCAAGACACGCUGAGAGAGAUGCUGGCCCGCAAUGCUGCUAUGAAAACUAUACGGAUGGAGUAUGAGAAGUACCUGGCGGACAGCGCUCCCCGCUGGCACCAGCAAUUCAAGGAGAAAACUCAGGCUGCUCAGAGGAAGAUCUCGCCAAAAAGUCGCAGGAAGUUUCUGCACCUCAACAGAACAACAACCAAAACAGCCACCAAGACUACAACCAAGAUGUCUCCUCUCAUCUCCCUUACAUGCAGUCUUCCUGGCUCACCCACAUUCAAUCCCAGACAUCUAGGCUUCCUAUCAGAGUGCCCUGUCAACCCCAAAGUUCCUCUCCACCACCUCACCUCCACGCCCGAUCAUCACCACCCAUGGCCCAGGCAGGAUCCACCCGGGUGGGCUCCCCCUCAGGCCGACAGCCCCUGGUCCUGGAUCGCAGGAGCUGCUGGGAUUCCCUCAGUCGGCUCUGAGACUCUGUGGGGUCGGCUCUACAUGGAGGAGCCUCCUCAUGAGAGGGCGGCCCGGGCUGAGACAAGCAGAGCACCAAGCUCAAAAAGAGAGAGAGAUGGUGGAAGCAGGAGCAGGAAUUUAUCCCAGGAGCUGGACAUUAAACCAGUUCGUCUGUCCAGUGACCACGCAGAGAGCAGUGAGAGUGGCAGGGAUUCCAGUCAGGCGAACAGAGAGAAGAGGAAGAAGAGGGAGAAGAGAGGGAAAACACAGCGUACGUCUUCAGACAGAGAAAGGUUGUCUAAGACUUCCAGUGCAGUCGUCAUUACUGGAGUGGCAGCGGCCCAAAGCUCAGAGAGCGACGCCUCAUCAGAGAAACACAUCACAAGUGGUGGUGAGAGGACAAGGAGAAGAAGUGGGGGACUUGGCGUUGGAUCACCGAAGACGGAGGAGGCAGGAAACGAAAGGACCAGGAGUGAGGGAGAUGACUCUGGGAGUCACAAAGAAGGGAGUCACUCCACUGGUAAGGAGUCAGGAAGUCAGACUGAGGAAUCCAGGAGCAAAAAUGCAGAGAAUCCAAGUCCUGGUGAGAAAUCAGACAGCUGCGGAGAGGAGGAAUCAGAGAGUGUUAGUAUAAAGAUUGGAAAUGGAGCUGCAGAGAUAGAAGAGCAGGAAAAUAUCAGCAGUACUGAAGAAAGCAGUGCAGAAGAAAAGGAUGAGGAAGAAGAUGAGCAUAAGAAAGAUCUUGGAGAGGGAGACAAUGACGAUGGUGAGGAGAAAGAGAACAGCCAGAGAGAUGAAGAGCUAGAGGAGAACAAUGUGAAGGAAGAAGAUGAUGAUGAUGAUGAUGAUGAUGAUGAUGAUGAUGAGGUUUCUGCCAGCAAGACAACAACAGAGGAAGAAGAGGAGACGGGAGCGGAGGACGAGUUGGAGGAUGGGGGAGAUGAUAAAGAUGGGUUGAAGAAUGAAGACGGGGAGAACAGAAAGCAGGGUUCAGCCUCCUCUCAGGACCAAGAGGUGGAUGAGGAGGAGAGUGAAAGAGAUGAGGAUGAGGAGGGGUCUGAUGAAGAGGAGGAUGAAGAGGGUGAGGAGGAAGGGGAGCAGAAGAGAGAUGAAGCAGGAGAACCAGAGGAGGAAAGAGAUUCAGACGACAGCAUCAUCUCACCACAAGAGAGCAGACCCAGAAAGAUUCACAUUAUUCCUGAGGAAGCAGCUGAAGACGAGGAUGAUGACGAUGAUGACGACAAGAAGGGGAAUGAACCAGGAUCCUCAGACGAUGACUCGAAUGAGUUCAGCGAGGAGGACGAAGUUGAGAAUCUCCUCGCGCCUCAAGAGCCAACGAAAAAGAAAGAAGUGAAGGACCUGAAAGUUGACGACAACCCUAAAGUGACUUGUGACAAGGUGGAGAUUUUUCGAGUGGAGCCGGACAAUUCAACAAAGACAGACCACCAAAGCGACUCUGAUGAAUUUGAUCACUUUUAUGACUAAAUGUGUUGAACUGCCUAAACCUGAGAAUUAAAGGACCUUGAAUUUAGUUUAACAUUAAAGCAACUGAUGAAAAAGGAGGUGAAACAGCAAUUUAAGAUCACAUUCAUAGAGAAUGUUGAUUUAUUUUGUUUGUUUUAUGGCAUUAAAUUAGAAAUGGAUUUCUAGAUGUUGCAUACUUGCCUUUCAAACAUAAAAAAAAUAUCUAAGUCCAGGAAUAAAUCCAGUACAUUUAAGCUGCAUUA